UCCCAAUUAGUCUAGAAAUCUUUGUCCUCGAGAAGUGAGAGCGAGGUGUCUCUUACACACUUGCAAGUAUUUCUGCAGACCUUCGCUGGCUCCUAAAUGGACAAACUCAUUAGGCCUAUAAAAUUCGGAGGAAAAAUCGAAUGGGGCAAUGCCAUCGCGACGAUUCUGAGGUACCAACCAGUUCUAAUCAUUUCUUUUACUUAAUUAAGCAUGUCGAGUUUGUUGCAGACACGGUUUGAUUUAUCGGAUAACGAAAAAAAUUUAUAGAAUUCUCUUAAAACAGAUCCAAUUUCUUCUUCUUUUGCGGUUUUUGGUAGCUUAAAUGGCAGUUCUGCUCCAUGAUUGCCCUAAAUUAGCUUGGUUUCUUCUGGUGUACUUUCCCUUUUCUUCCCGAAUAUUAUAACCAGACCUUACAAGUUCAUACACAACAUUCUCUUUGGGAAUCAAACUGUGGCAAUGAAUGUUUGGAUUCUCUUGCAAUCAUUAUUGUCUUUAAAAGGGGACAUGGAGAGGGGACCAAUUGGUUUCAAGUCGCUCUCCUUUUUUGGGUGUUGUCCCAAAUACCUCGGCCUCUGUCCAUGUCUUUUGCCGACAAUCCCUUGGACCAUUGUCUGCUAAAUUUACAAUGCCCAUUCAAAUUUGAAUGAAAAUGACACAACUUUCUCUGACAAUUAAACGGGAGAAGUUUCAAACUCACCACCACUCAGCACUGUUGGUGGAUGAAAAAGUCUGAUCAUCCUUUACCAUUACAACUGUUUGAUAUUUUGCCUCAUCCAAAUUCUUCACCACUAGUUUAAUGAUAAAUCCCAUUAUUGAAUUCAGGGAGGACUGGAGGAGAACUUGUCUACGUAUGAGAAUUGGGAAUCAUCAAAAUAAUUCUUUUGUUUCUCCUUUUUCUUGCUUUGGAAUAAGAGUUUGAAGCCGACGUCUUUUUGUACAUUAGUCGUAAUGUCGUGGAGUACUAACGAGUUUGAAUCGACCUGUUGAUGUCUUGCAUCUACGGUUCAAACUUGUGAUGAAUAAAGUGAAUAUCUUUUUGGAAAGAGAAUCUGUCUUCUUCAUGAAGUAUAUAGGGAGGGGAAAUGAUUAAAAGAGAUGUGGGGUUGAAUGUACUGAUGCAAACACUACAUUAUAUUUGCCUGUAGGGACUCGAAUUUCUGUUCCUUUCCACCUUUUUCUCUUUUUUGAAUUAUUAAAUUCCCUGUUUCUUGCCCAAUCACAAACACAAGAAUUAGAGAGAGAGUACAAUGAGGUUUCCAUAUAUAUAUACACACACACACAUAAAUGUGAACCACUGAGCCCCUGUGGGUAUGUUCCAUAAAGAAGAGAGUUUUCACUAGCUAUUUCCCUUUGUGUACAUAUUAGUAUACUAUCUUUGAACUUGUGCUCUGCACAUAUAUUGAGAUAAAGCUGCAGGAAUGGAGACAUCCCAGCCUCUUUCUAUUGACAGCUUUUCAUAUAGUUGGCUAGUGAAUAUAAAGCCUUCUCUAGAAAGCUCAGGCAACAACUCCUUUAGAACCUCACUCGAUGCUUCCGAUGAAGCCUCCUCCUUCAUCGAGAUGGACCCGAGAAUGACACCCUCCAAGAGAUUUUUUAGGAACUCGCAGGAUUUCAAAUUUGACUUCCCGGUCUCACCGCCUUCUCUUGCUUUCGUACAUGCCGACCAGCUGAUUUCCAAUGGCUGCCUUGUGCCAUUUUUCAUUGAUCCAGUGAAAGUUCAGAGAUAUGAGGAGGCAGAUUUCACUCAAAAUUUUCCACAAUCUUCCCAUAUUGAAACAGACGUCCAUCCAGCCAAUACUUCUGACUGCUCGUCGACAAGAAAGUGUCGGAAACUAUCAAAGAAAGUGUUGCAGAAGUAUUUGAGUUUUUUCAAGCCGUUGUACCAAAGAAUACGAGGUCAUAAAGCAUCAUCAGGUUCCAAACCAGAAAAUGUUGGCAGAAGAUCCAAAUCUAUGAAGAAUUGGGAAUAUUCAUACGAAGCAUCUCCACGAAUAAGUGUAGCUUACUCUGCCGAUGAUUGGCGAAGAUCCUGCGAUUCUGAGAGCUCAAUUUAUGAGGCAGUCCUCCAUUGCAAGAAAUCUAUAGGAAGAUGAGACGAGGAAUUUCAGACAAGGAAUCGGGAGAAAGAAGUGAAAAACAGAGGAUGAUAAAACAAAAGAGCAAUUCAAGACAGACAACUUAAGAAGAGAAAAAUGAGAAAUGAAACGAUAACAUCCACUUGCUCUGUCCCUUUCUUCUACUUUUUCUUGGAUUAAAAUGUACCAUACCAUUUUGUCUGUGAGAAAAGUAGAAGCUGUAUAGAUGAAUUAGCCUUGGAAAAUUCAGGCCUUGGCAGAGAAACAGAAAGGGUCACCUUAAAUUUUGUUUGUCCUUGACUGUUACAUGUAAUAAAAAUCCCUUUCAAACAAUUAAACACCGGUUCCGAUAUGCUCGUGACAUGGCAGGGCCUUAGGUAAAUACUCAAAUGCCAUGUGAAGUUGAUGAAGAUGAAUUGAACUUUUGUUCUUUACUUGGAACUGUGUGGAUAAAUUAAACAACCAAGUAACUCUUUGUUCAUUUUUUUAAUGAAUGUGCUGCAUCAGACUGAUAUGUUGGUAACAUAAGAAUGUCUUCUAGUUUUCAUUUUGCCCUUUCUUGACAGUGAACUGGGUACUUGGUAGCUAUGCAAUGAGGUUAUGAGGAAAUUGUGGUGGGGUCCCCUAAGUUGCUUUAGUUAAGCAAGGAAUCCAUAGCAUGUUGUCCUCUUUUUAAUUUGCACAUGAAAGCACACCAACUUGCUUUUUCA